ACACUACAUGUGUUGGACACAAAUGUGGAUCAGUUUGUGGGCAUUCCAUACGCCGAACCCCCGGUCGGCAAACAUAGGUUCGCAAAACCCGAACCCAUUUCUAAACCAUUUCCCAACAUAAUCGACGCAACAAAGCCUAAAAACUCAUGCCUAUCACCGAUUCAAUUAAGUCCGGACUCACCCCUCAGUGAGGACUGUCUGGUGCUUAACAUAUGGACAACAAAUACCACAGCAUUAAAGCCAGUGAUGUUUUGGAUAUAUGGAGGAGGGCUUGCAGCAGGGUCAAUAUAUCAGCCAGAGUAUAAUGGAAGUGCUUUGGCCACCAAUGAUGUGGUGGUUGUGUCCGUCAACUAUAGGUUAGGACCGUUUGGUUUCCUAUACGGGGAUCGGGAGGACGCUCCCGGAAAUGUCGGCUUUUAUGACCAGUUAUUAGGCAUGAAAUGGGUUAGAGAAAACAUCCACUCAUUUGGCGGAGAUAGGGAUCAGAUCACUAUUUUUGGUGAGAGUUCUGGCAGUGAGUCGGUGUCCGCACACAUACUCUCCCCGCUAUCCAAAGGCCUAUUCAAGAGGGCUAUUAUGGAAAGCGGGGCCAAUAUGUAUAACAAGGACAGGGAUGUGGUCAACAAAACUAAGGCCUUAUCUCAGGGCAAAGCAAUAGCAAAACAAUUGAAAUGCAAUGAAACCGAGGAUUGGAUACAAUGUCUGCGAAGAGCGGACGCCAGAGAUAUAAUCAAAUAUUGGGACCUUUUCGACACUUACCCAGUGUUUGGCACCGAGUUUCUGCCCAUUCGCACACAACAAGCAUUUAAUGAGAAAAAGUUUAAUACAGAUGUUGAUUUAAUCGCUGGUAUUACCCAAAACGAGGGCUCAUCAUUUAUUAAGGCUGUAAUUAAAGACCCUGCUCAUAUGACGCUCACCGACUUUAACAAUGGGAUAAAAGCAUUUGAUUUAUUGGGUUAUCACAACAUAAAUGUGACUAAAGUGACGGACUAUUACUUGAAAGGUGUCAACACUAGCAGUCCGGCAGCUCUUCUCCAAUCGUUUAGCGCACUCGCAGGUGAUCUACCACUCGGUUGUCCGACAUAUCUGUUCGCCAAACGGUUCGCACAAACUGUCAAAGAGUCGCAAAGGGUUUACUUUUACGAGUUGUUGUAUAAAAGCGAGUGGUUUGCCAAACAGAACAAUUGUAGUGCGACCAUGGGCAUUUGUCACAUGUCGGAUAUACCAUUUGUGUUUGGUUUACCACUACUUGAUCCACACCAUUACAGUCACAACGAUAUCUAUUACAGUAAAGUUGUGAUGAAAAUGUGGUCCAAAUUCGCCACUUAUGGUAAUAUGGACUCUGAUUGGCCGCAACUGUUAAACGAUGAGCCGAUGGGUGCGCCCAAAGUCCACGAAUAUAAUGGCACAGCUUUGGCCACAAAUGAUGUGGUGGUUGUGUCCGUCAACUAUAGGUUAGGAGCGUUUGGUUUCCUAUACGGGGAUCGGGAGGACGCGCCCGGAAAUGUCGGCUUUUAUGAUCAGUUAUUGGCUCUCAAAUGGGUAGUUAGCGAAAACAUUCACUCAUUUGGCGGAGAUAGGGAUCGGAUCACUAUUUUUGGUCAAAGUGCCGGCAGUCAGUCGGUGUCCGCACACAUACUCUCCCCGCUAUCCAAAGGCCUAUUCAAGAGGGCUAUUAUGGAGAGCGGGUCUGUUAUGGUUAAUAAAAACCGGGAAAUGGUUACCAAACCCGAGGCCUUAUCUCAGGCCAAAGCAAUUGCCGCACAAUUGAAAUGCAAUGAAAGCGAGGAUUGGAUACAAUGUCUGCGGAGAGCGGACGCAAAGGAUAUACUCAGAUAUUGGAACCCUUUGGCUACAUUCCCGGUGUUUGGCACAAAAUUUCUACCCAUUAGUGCCCGACAAGCAUUUAAAGCGAAAAAAUUUAAUACAGAUGUUGAUUUAAUCGCUGGUAAUACCCGAAACGAGGGCACAUCAUUAACUAGAGGUCUGAUCAAAGACCCUGAUCACAUGACAGUCGCUGAUUUUUACAACGGAAUAAAAUCAUUCGACGCAUUGGGUUAUCACAACUUGAAUGUAACGAAAGUGGCGGACGAUUACUUGAAAGGUGUCAACACUAGCAGUCCGGCAGCUCUACUCCAAUCGUUUAGCGCAUUCGCGGGUGACUUAGGACUCGUGUGUCCGACAUAUCUGUUCGCCAAACGGUUCGCACAAACUGUCAAAGAGUCGCAAAGGGUUUACUUUUACGAGUUGUUGUACGCAAGCGAGUGGUUCGCCAACUAUAGUCAGUGCAAUAUAUCAACCAUGGGCAUUUGUCACGGCAUGGAAAUAGCGUUUGUUUUUGGUCUACCACUGCUGUAUCCCGAUGUUUCCACUCCAGAAGAUAUAUUUUACGCUAAUGUUGUGAUGAAAUUGUGGUCAAAAUUCGCCGCCUGCGGGUAA